AUUCAUCCCAGCAAAAAACGGGAAAGGAUAUGCUCACCGCACAUGGCUCUGAAUGAUGUAAAGUCAAAUUUGACGUUAUUUUGGCAGGCAAGAAAAUAUUCACCUUACCUACGCAAGGUGCUAGCGUGUUAGAUAUCCACUCAGACUAUUGACGUCACAAACAUCAUUGAUAAGUCUGUACUUGUACCCAUGGCAUCGUCUUUUAACAAACAAAGUUUCAUAUCAACAUCAAGCAUCAACAGAUGGACCGAAAUUGACGAUCAAAGGUGUAUUAGCCUCCAGCAUAAUAAUGACAUCAGCAAGGAACUCUUCAGGCAACUACCACGACAGAGAAAGCUUCCAAUGAUGCCAAGCAAGAAGCACAAAAAUUACAAACAAACAAGAAGAUGGUGCAAGGUAAACUGUCAAACGAAACAGGCCAAGUUGUUCUUUCAAAGGACCUGAGCAAUCUAUCUACACUAAUGAAAAGUGGGAGUACCCGUAACAACUUAGAAGUUGCUAUCAAGGAACCGACAGAGCAACAUGUAGGUGCCUAGACUCGCAUCAGUACGAUCGAGAUCCUAGCUACAAGAUGGCCGCUCUUCUAUUCACAUUUUACUUCUUCGUAUCAACCUUUCUGAUUCGAGCACACUGUCAACAGUCUCGUGAUACUUCCUGUCUGGUUAAUCAACUAUUCAACACUGUGAACAAACUUUCACAGAAAGUCGAGGAAUGUUGUCAAUCGUUCAAUCAAAACAAACAGUCGAUUGAAGUGUUUUACCUUUUUGCGUCACCAUCGUACAUUGCCAAUCAUUCCAGUUUCUUGCAGCCAACCUUCGUCACAAACAUUUCCAACAUCAGAUUUCCUCCUUUUCAAAGACGCCGCGGCAAAUUGUUUCAGCUACCUCUAAUCGAAGCCAACAAAUUACAUAAUUCCGUCAGAUACAUAAUUACCAUCACUUUCUGGAAGACGCGAGUAACAACAAACAACGACGUUCAGGUUGCACUGUGUGACAGUUCACGAUGUUUCGGAUUCAACUACUACGAAAAGGGAGGCCUAUUUCCUAUCGAAUGGAAUGACACAAGCGACAGAUGUUUCCUAGAAUCGAGUAGCGAUUUUGGUGUCGAUUUGGGCCUGCAAGGUGAAGAGCAAAUAUGGGAAAUAAACUUCGAAGUCUCUCCUGGUCAGGACAUGCAGGCAUCUACUUUAAGUCCCGUAUUUUCUCGUGCUGUAAGGGGCACUUAUCGGGACGGGAUCAAUCCGAGUUUAGGUCUGUGGUUGACAGUAUGCAGAGAUCAGGCAACUGAACAACACGACUUGCGCUACUUCGAAAUCACUGUGAGGAAAACUUAACAUUUUAGUUGACUCGGUAUCUAUAUGCCUACUAAAUUGAAGUAGUAACUACAGCAAUUCCCGUAUAUGUAUGUAUAUAAUUUUUUUGUUAAGUCAAACUGUUGGUCAAUCAUUCAGUCAUAUAUGUGUUACUGAGGAAACGUGAUGUGAAGUAACAAUAA